AUGACGGAGAAGGGCAAGUCCGUGCCCCACGGCCAGGCGCCGAGCCUCGUCGCCUGCGAGAUCAUGAUCCAGAGCGUCGCCUACCUGGCGCACAAGAUCGUCAACCCCCGGGCGCCGUUCGGCUCGUACUUUGGCGCGCGCGCGUUCAUCUCCGUGAUCAAGAUGCGCUUCCAGACGCUCCUGGUCCACCCCUACGUCCACGCCGAGGAGAAGUCCAUCUUCCCCUGGCCCCUGUCGGAGAUCAUCGAGGACCACAAGUGCCACAUUGUGAACCACCACGUCGACGGCUCGUGCCUCGGCGUCAUCGACUUCGCGCCUAUGAACCGGCUCUACGACGGCCUGAUGUACUUCCAGGCGUCCUUCUACCAGAGCGGCGCCGUCAAGCGCCGCACGCCGGGCCACUGGGUCCUCACCUUUGGCAUGGAGUAUUGCCUCAUCGCCCUGACCUUCGCGACCUUCGCGGGCUACAUGGCCGCCGCGAAGGCCAUCAAGGGCGGCCCCGUCGCCAAGUCCGUGAAGACCGCCUAG